AUGCGACAAAAUGGCACAAAUGGCUUCAAUAAACCGCCUGAGAUUUCAGAGGCUGAAAACAUGACAAUUAAGAGGCGUGACGGCACGGACAUGGAGCUGCGUAUCGUCAAGCCAACAACAGGUGGCCUUGUGUAUGGAACUGCUCGUGGCCAAGACAACUACUUGCAAGCACUGGCCAACGCACUAGGUCUUACAGCCGUUUCGGUCGAGUAUAGGCUCGCGCCAGAGCAUCCUUUCCCAGCUAGCCAGCACGAUGCCACUGACGCAGCCCUAUACGCCAUCUCUGCAGACGGUGAGGACAAGUUGGGAGGUCCUCUUCGUCUAUUUGCAGGCAAGUCAAGUGGUGCUUAUCUCGCUGUAUGGACCGCUAUCUCACUCCGUGACGAUCACGGUGUAGAUACCAAAGCCACCUUGGCUGGUUUGGUGUGCAGUUACGGAACAUAUGAUAUUUCGUAUACACCGUCCCUGCUCCGCCAUAAGCGGAACAUAAUUGUCGGACGUGAGAGUAUGUUUAGGCUCAUGGACGCUGCGUUCCCUCCGGAACAGGUGGUGAACCGCAAAGAUGCUUCUGUCUCUCCGCUUUACGCGGAUCUCAAGAACCUGCCACCCGCGCUCUUCUUGUGUGGUACUGAAGAUGCUGUUGUUGAUGAUAGCGUCUUCAUUGGCGCGCGAUGGAGCCUCGCCGGUAAUAAGGCCGAAGUCAAGUUGGUCCCCAAGGGAUUUCAUGCUUUCUCACUAAUCCCGACGGGUGAAAUACAAAAGGAGGGAGUCUCGGAGGUUAUAUCAUUCGCACUAUCAGUCUUGUAA